CUAGGUAAUUGCUCAGAAGGUGAACAAAGUACGAGCUCAGACUCUUGUGUCAAAUGUGUUAUCGGAACCUAUCGUCCUGCCAAAGAUCCUGUUUGUAUUAAAUGCCCGUCUGAUUUCCUAACUAAUGGAGAAGGAAAGACAUCGGAAGCGGAUUGUAUAAUUCCUCCCUGUAAUGAAGGAACAUACUACAAUGGUUCAAAGUGUUUAAAUUGUGCGCUGGAUGAGUACCAAGACGAGAAGUAUCAGAGAACUUGCAAGAGUUGUCCAAAUGGUAAAUAUACGUCAUCUGAAGGGACAAAGGAUGCCACUUCAUGCACAACUUACUGUAAAGCAAGAAAAAAUGUCUGCCCACAAAAUGCGAUAUGUGUUGAUACAGACUCUGGUCAUAAUUGUACAUGCAUUACUGGAUAUGUGCUGAUUUCGAAUGGAACGUGUGUAUAUGCCUGUGAUACAGUCUACUGCUUAAAUGGAGGCACCUGUGCCAGAUCGCGUUCACUCCCUAUGUGUAUCUGUACAAAAUACUACAAAGGAACCAUUUGUGAACAAGAACUUUCUGCUUCAGAACUCUCUAAAAAUACAACUGACAUAAUUAUUGGAACCUCCAUUGGUGUCACAGUAGCAAUACUGUUCCUUAUCUUACUUAUAACUUAUAUUUGUAUCCGGAUGAGAAAAUCUCCCCGAGGCGACCUUGCAGAAAAUGGUUCCCAUUUGCACCCAUUUUAUGAACCAGUGUCGAAAGCACACUCGGUUCCAUAUACCAACAGUUUAUACGAAUUUUCUAACUCAUUAUCACAAAGCAAGCGUUAACUGAAAGCUUUCACAAAUUCAGCAUAUGUCUCAGCCGAUAACCAUUUCAUCUCCAGUAUGUAAAGUACCAAUUCCAAAAUCGAGGCAGGCCAAUUAUAUCAGGAAUUUUUUCAAUAUGUUUGACUUCUUGUAUAUUUCUGUUCUAUAUGUAUAUUAUUUUUUUAAUAUAUUUUUUAACUUUCUAUUUUCACUUUCUGCCUCCAAUCACUAACGCCAUCUACAAAAUAACAGCUAGAUAAAAAAUGAUUAACUUCAUUUAACCUUCAUCAAAUUGAAGAUAUAAUUUAAUCUAACAAUACGUGCAGAUGUAUUAUUUUUGUUUAUGUUUUAUUUUCGUUUCUUUGUUUUGUUUCAAUUUUUGACUUGUUUUUUUUUUUACUGUUGUCCUCGUUUGUCACGUGCUUCAAGAACGCUUUCAGUGUGUGUGUAUGCAUGCACACACACACACACACACACACACACACACACACACACACACACACACA